AUGGCAGCAUUGUUAAAUUAUAGAGGAAAGCUAAAGCUGGGAUACAUUGUAAAAUUGCAUUUUUCGUGAUUGUGUGGAAAGGCCGAUUUGAGGUUUUUUUACGUUAUUGAUAAAUAUGUCUUUUGUAAAGAAUGCUCGGUACUUAGCGACUCGCGGUACACGUAUGAUGCAAAAGCGUGGAUUCGCCGAUGAAAUGAAAUUGACUUUUGCCGCUGCUAAUCAAACUUUUUACGAUCAAGCAGAAGUGCGACAAAUUGAUGUUCCUUCAUUCAGUGGAAGCUUUGGCAUCCUUGCGAAGCAUGUACCAACUUUGGCUGUUUUAAAGCCCGGCGUGGUGCAAGUUAUCGAAAACGAUGGAAAAACCUCAAAAUUUUUCGUGUCUAGUGGCUCAAUUACAGUAAAUGAAGACUCUUCUGUCCAAGUUUUGGCUGAAGAAGCACACAAAGUUGAGGAUAUUGACGUAUCUGAAGCAAAACAGCUUUUGUCACAGUAUCAAUCGCAAUUAAAUUCCGCCGCUAGUGACGAAGCCAAGGCGGAGGCUGCCAUUGCUGUUGAGUGUGCUGAAGCUCUUGUCCGGGCUGCAGAGUAAAUUCUCGCACUCACAAUUAAUUUCGAAAUUAUAAAAUACUGUUAUUUUAUGAAUAGUAAAUGAUUGCAAUAUAAUGUUGGAAGAAAAAGAUAGGCCCAACAGGCCCAGACAAAUUAAACUGUUGAAAUAAAAAUUAAAAAAAAAGAAAUGGAACAGAUGAAUGUUUUAAUAUCUGCUUGGAUAAUAAAAGGAGAAUAUUAUAUUAAAUUACAUAUAUUAUUAUGGAACAUCCUCGGUUAUAUGAUAUUUAUGUGCUUACACCUACAUAUGUUCGAAAUAAAUGGAUCACCCUUUUCAUUUUUUUAAAUUAA